GGAGGUUUCAUUUGUAUGACUACUGCUGCAUUCUCCCAGUUCUUGGGAUUGGUUUAGUUCUGCAAUCAAAUAAGCAAUCCUAAAUUCUAGAUAACAUUUAAAUUCAACAGUGAACUAGGUCUUGUGAACACCCACAAAAAUCAAUUCACAAAAAACUCAGUGAUAUUAAGAUCAAAGUGACCAUGGACAACAUGUCUGAAAUCAUGAUGGCUACUGAUCAAAUCAUUCCAGAAUCUGAUCUUUUAAACAAGUUUGAAAAUAUCGUAUACAUUGGAAACAUUGACUCCAGCUCAACAGAGGAAGAACUAAAAACAUUUUUCAUUGGAAUAAAUAUUUUGAACUUAACCAUUUUGAAAAAAAGCCAUAAAUGUUUUGCUUUUGCUAAAGUUGGAUGCAAGAGUGAUAUUGACAAAAUAUUUAGGUCAUAUGGUAAGCUGUUCAAGUCAAGAAGACUGAUCAUUAAGUCAUACAAACAGCAAAGUAAAAGUAAUGAUUCUAUAAUGGAGGAAUCUCCCCAAAAAAUGGUUUCACAGAAAACUAAAUCAAAGAAAUCUGAAAAGAAAUCAGCUACAUCUCACAUACAUAAUUCCAAGCAACUUGAACCUAAACCUGCAGUCAUGCCACCACUUGAAGAUAUUGGUUUCAAUCUGCAAGAAAAUGAAACUAAUUCUGAAUUGAAUACCUCUGCUCUUGGAAAAGUUCUAAGGAAUGAUCAUGAAACUGUCUCCUUCAAGAAUGGAAUUUGUUUAUUUGUUGGUAACUUUCCAUAUGGUACCAGUGAGAAUGACUUGAUGGAACUUUUUCACCCAGUCAACCCUCUGUUUGCACUUGUUAAGAAUAGUGAUAACAAGAAAUAUAGCACUCAAAGUUUUAUAUAUUUUUGGAACACUUUUGACUUGAAGAGAGCUAUAAAGAAAUUUGACAAGUCAACAUAUAAAGGUCAUGUUUUGCUUGUUUCCUCGCCUUAUGUUGAAGCAAUACUCACUAACGAUAACUUUUCAAAUAGUUCAGGAUCUGUCGAGGAAGUUCAAGAAAACACUACAGCAAGUGAUCAGGAUUCUAUCAUAAGUUUCCAGAAAGAAACCGCUCGUCUGAUCCAUAUUUAUAGAGAAUUUUCUCUAGAAUCUGAACUACUGACAAAUGAAAUUGUAGUAUGUAUCACAAGACUUGUGAACAGGCAUUGUUUUUGGGCUCAUGUAGUUAGUGAAAAGAAUGGAAGAUGUAAAGAAUUCAUGUCCAUUCACAAAUGUUUACAAGAAACAGCUUUUAGCUGGAAGAAGACAAAAUCUGCUGGAAGAUGUGUUGCUAUGUAUCAUAGUAAAUGGUUUCGAGGCUAUAUUUUGAAAAUCAUUUCUAGUGAAUGUGCAGAAGUUUUUUUUGUUGAUGUUGGUAACAUUGCUGAAAUUAAUUUUCAGUUUAUCAGAUUAUCAUCUGACAUUAUUUGGAGGCUUUCUCCAAUGGCUAGAGCCUUCAAAAUACCAAAAAGUUUCAAAGAACUUCCUGGAAAUGUUUUACAAGAAAAAAUAUCAUUGGUUAUUCUUAAACUAGAAACAGCAAGUUCAGGUUAUAUCACACUAGUGAAAAUGAAAGAUUGAUCCCAGAUGAGCUGACUUUAUAUUUGCUUAAAUAUAUAUAUAUAUAUUUUUUUUUACUGAAACCUUUGAAGACCGAAAUAUGGAAGGGUUCCAUGCAAACAGCAGUUGAGCCUGGAUCAGUCAGUGCUAAGAAGCAGGGAAAAGCUUCCGUAAAAGGCACCAAGUCCAUCAUUGUAGUUCAGAUGACAAUUAUGUUGAUUUAAUAAUGUUAUUUUAACUGCGAUCAGUAAAUCCAUUGUGCAAAUAGCAAUGACAAAAAGCAAAAGGAUAUCUCCCCUUGAAAAUGUUUUUACUAUGUUUGAUGAAGUAUGACUGCAUUGUAUUCAAACUUCUGUUGUGAAUGACUUAGCUUUUCAUCACACUGAGAUCAACAAAGUAAAUGCCAGUAAUGCAUUGAGAAGAGAUUACAGCACUUCUUUUCUGUUUUGUUUUUUUUAUAUAUAUAUAUUUAUAUCAUACAUGAUAAUAAAUUUUAACUCUUUUGCAUGAAGGUUGGUCUGUCAAGUAUGAGGGGGCACUGCAAAGUUCCUGGCUUUAAGGGUUAUUGCAAAAGGCCUGAUUGGAGGCCAAACUUCUGAAUUCUUUUACAGGGCUUAGAAAAACUGAAGAACCACUGCAGUAAGUGUGUGAAUCUG